AUGAACUACUUCAAAAGUAUUCUUCUAUUAUGGGUACUCAUUAUAAAGUACAAUUUAUGCCUCACGCCUAUCUCAUUAGAUAAAACAUAUGAAAAAGGAGUUAAAGCUUAUACAGACGAAAGAUGGUCUAGAUGCAUCGAAAAGUUUGAAGAAUCAUUACACUUGUAUAAACUUUUAAAAUCUGUUGUAAUGAACUGUAGACUGAAAUGUGCAUCAAAAGUGUAUGAAAGUUAUGUAAAACAAGAUAUUGAAGACCUUAAAAUUUACGAAACUUAUUUUAAUCGAAGAAAUUGCAUAAAUCAAUGUCAAGAUAUUGGGUUUCGAGCAAUCAACUUGAAAAGUAUACCUGAGGAAUAUGUAUUAAGCAAAAUGCACGCUAGAAAACCGUACGAGUACCUUCAUAUGUGCUACUUUCAAAUGCAUAUGUUUCAAAAAGCUGCUUCAGCAGCGUAUACUUAUUUUUUAGCACAUCCUGAUGAUAAUGUUAUGAAAGGUAAUAUACAAUAUUAUUUAGACCAACCAGAGGUAGAUACCACUGAAGUGAUGGACCUUGAAGGUGAUGAUUAUGUUAUUCUUUAUAACCUUGGUAUAAACUCCUAUUUCAAGAAAAACUGGGCAGAAACAGUUGCCAGCAUGGAAGAGGCAAUAAAGAAUUAUAUUGCAUCUGAAAACCAAUGUCGUGUAGAAUGUGAGCAUCAACCGGGACAAGAGUGGUCAUCUGAAUUUGUGAUAACAUUAUCUAACAACAUGGCAUCACUGCUCCAUUGCCAUCAACUAUGCCAAGAUAAACUUAGCCUUCUAAAGUACCACUCAGGUGUUGAAUUUCUCACAGACAUACUUAAUCACCUACAAAUGUCUUAUUAUCACCUUGAAAAGUUAGAGGAUGCAGUAGAAGCUGUUAAAACCUAUCUAAUUUUAAAGCCGAACGAUGAAGAUAUGUUGGCUAAUGAAAAGUUUUAUGGUGAUCUUGUUGAAAAGAAAAUUGAAAGUCAAAGAUCCGAUGUCACCGGUUAUUUUGCACGUGACAAGUAUGAGAAAGAAUUGCUUAAUUUGUUUCACAAAGAUAGUAAGCACAAUGUUAACGCAGCCUAA